AUGGAAUCGGUUCCGCGGUCUCUAUCAGGAUCAUCGCAUCCGAACGCUUUGGGGUCGCCCACAGUGGUCACCUCAUCCUUCAGCUCGAAUAAUAAUCGCGCCGGCGCAAAUGAGCAGUCUCUCGCCUCGAUUGAUCUCGGCAACCAUACCAGUCCCGAACAGCAAAUUCCCACCGAUCGGUCUUCGCAUCGAAAUAGUCGGCAAUCGCGAAGACUUACAUUGCAUCGCUCUGCAGCCAAUGGUUUAGCAUUCGCAUUUCCGCCACGGAGUUCGUACGUCCAAAUUGAUCCGCAGUCGACAACGGAAGAAACCCAGUUGAGCGAUAGAUUGGGUCAAGGACCACAAGCCGAAUCCCAGCGACAUGCGUCUGGGCAUCGCAGUUAUCGUCCUCGGUCAUGCGCAUCUUUAUUGAAAGAAAAGAGCACUCGGAGAAGGCUCAUUACAUUGAUCACGUCUGCAGUCUUUCUUAUUUUUGUCCUCGCUUUGUAUCUUGCAUUUGCUGUUUCACACUCAAACCUGGGACGAGAACUGCAUAUUCUCCUGGUCUUCAUGAUCCUAAUCCUCGCCAUUGUCUUAUGUCAUUCAUUGAUUCGCUUUAUCAUGGUUGUCUUGCGAGAUCCGAGGACGCUCGCCACCAAUCGCAUCCCCAGUAGGGCAGGACCUGCCGGUUACGCGCAACCAGAGCGUCCUAUCCCUGUUGUUCUUGCCGGCGACGAGGAGGCUUUAACCGAAAGCCAAGGUCCCAGUCGGGAAAAAGUCACCGUACCUCCUCCAGCAUAUGGACUCUGGAGAGAGAGCGUGAGAAUAAACCCAGAUUUAUUAUAUUGGCAACGAGUCGACCAGAAGGCGCAGUCGAAGUCAAAGCGCACGAGUCGAGCGGACCAAUCCUCUAACAGCAAAGCUACGGCCCCACGGCCGCCUAGCUAUACCUCUGACAAUGGUAUUGACUAUGUUGUUGAAGCACAACCGCGGUCAUUCUCACAUUGGAACAUUCCCGAGGAGCCUGAACAUCGUUAA